AAUGUGCUCUGUGCUUGAUGAAAUUUUGACUUUUGACAUUAAUUUGACAGAAUUUUCAUUUUGCCAGCACAGUUUGCGAUUAGCAUUGUUUUAAUUGAUUACAAUAUUUUUAAUCAAAGAGUAAACUGUAACGUAAUAAAUUAUUUGAUUUGAAGAAAUUUAACGUGUACGUUAGUGAGAUCAUGAUAUCGAGGACUAUUGUCAUUUGAUAAAUUUAUAUACCGUCAUUAAUCUUGAUAUUAUAGAUAUAAGUGUAAAAAAUGUCUACACCUGGAAGUAGUACGACACCGGCCGCCACAGUACAGGAGUAUAAAAUAAGAGUGCCAAAGAAUGUAAAGAAGAAGUAUCAUGUUAUGAGGUUCAAUGCCACAUUGAAUGUAGAUUUUGCAAAAUGGACUCAUGUCAAGAUGGAGCGAGAGAACAACAGCAAAGAAUUCAAAGGAGCUGAAGAGGAAAUGCCCAAAUUUGGUGCAGGCUCGGAAUACGGACGGGACAUGCGUGAGGAAGCACGUCGCAAGAAAUUCGGUAUAAUAUCAAGAAAGUACAAACCGGAAGACCAGCCGUGGAUCCUGAAAGUCGGUGGAAAGACCGGCAAGAAAUUCAAAGGUAUUCGUGAAGGUGGAGUAUCAGAGAAUGCUGCAUAUUAUGUGUUCACUCACGCAGCGGAUGGCGCAAUAGACGCCUAUCCACUCCAGGAAUGGUACAAUUUCCAACCGAUUCAGAGAUACAAAGCGCUGUCAGCUGAAGAAGCCGAACAGGAAUUUGGCAGGCGUAACAAGGUUAUGAAUUUCUUCUCGUUGAUGUUACGGAAACGGCUCCGCGGAGUCGACGAUGCAGACGAAGAGGACCCAGACGAAAAGAAAGCUAAAGGGAAAGCUAAAAAAGACCUCAAGAUAUCCGAGAUGGACGAAUGGAUAGACUCCGACGACGCUUCCUCGGACUCCGGUGCUGGUGAAAAAGAAAAGGAAGAGGACAGUGACUCCGGGGCCAAAAAGAAGAAAAAGGGUAAAGGUCCGCCCCCCAAGAAGAAGCGAAAAGUAAAUGACGAAGCGUUCGAAGAGAGCGACGACGGGGACGAGGAGGGUCGGGAGAAGGACUACGUGUCCGACUCCUCGGAGAGUGAAUCGGAUCACGAAACUAAAACUAAUAAGGAACUCAAAGGAGUGGCAGAAGAAGACGCGCUCAGGAAACUGCUGACUUCCGACGAAGACUCCGAAGAGGAGCAGGAGCAGAAACAGGAGUCGGAACACGAGGACGAGCCCACGAAGGAAGGCGAAGAGAGAGCCAGCAAGCUCACCAAGAAAAAGAAGAAAACUGACGAAACUAAAAAAGAUUCGAGCAGCGACUUCAGUUCGGACUCUGACACGGAGCCCGAGGCUGGCAACACAAAGAAGCCGAAGAAGAGUAAGAACGCCGACAAGAACGCGGGCGCCGGUGCCUCGGGAGCAGCGGGCGGCGGCGGGGCGGGGGCUGCGGGCGGGGAGGCGGCGGCUCCCAGCGCGGCGGCGGCGGCGGUGGCGGCGGCGGCGGCGGCGAGCGCGCAGCAACCGCCCAGCAAGAGACCCAAGCUCGACGCCUCGUACACCGAAUGCGGGGUGACGGAAGAGGCGGUGAGAAGGUACUUGGCGAGGAAGCCGAUGACCACGACUGAGCUGCUCACCAAGUUCAAAUCGAAACGCACCGGAGUCAGCAGCGAGCGCUUGGUCGAAACCAUGACGCAGAUACUGAAGAGGAUCAACCCUUUGAAGCAGAACAUCAACGGGAAAAUGUACCUCAGCAUUAAAUGAUCCCGCAAUAUAUACAUAUAUAUAUCGAGAGGCGAAAGGCUAUUUAGUUGAAUCCUUAGACUGCCGUGUAGGUCACCGGUGCCCUACGCGGCGCACUGAAGUAAUUACGUGGUAGCACCUCUUGCGAAUUUACACGGGUAGGUACCACCACCCGGCCUAUUUCUGCCGUGAAGCAGUAAUGUGGGCUGUGAGCUCGUCCACCCAUAUAAGAAAAAAAACAAGGGUUUCUGUUACUAAGCGGCUGGAUUACCUAACUUUGCCUUGUUUUUUAAUCUGUUUCUUAGUAUCUUCGGAUUCGUCUUCCCUAAAGUCUACUAGGUAUUCCGGCGCUUUAGUAAGAAGAUCGAAGACAGAAAUCGACAUAAUUACUUUCGUGCGUCGCGUAGAGCGCCGGUGACCUACGCGGUAGUAGACGUGUUAAGCGACAUUUCGUUUAAUACACGACAUUUACCUUUGUAAUUAAAGGUCCGUUUUAUUUGGUAUUAGCAUCAACAGUUCAAUGUUUUUAAUUAAACUUCAAUUAAGUUUAAUCCAUUGAAAUAGCCGAAGAAGUUUUUUUGUUAUGAUAUUUUUUUUUCAAAUUUAAAACUUUAAAUGGUUCUCCUGUAAAUUUCCAAAAAUGUCUUUUAAACCAAAUAAGCCUUUCACCCCUCGAUUUGUUUUGUGAAUACACGUUCUUGAUUUUACGUAGGCAUUUUUUAAAUAAAUAAAAGAUGUAAUUAACGUA